ACGCCUUCAUUUUUCUCGUCGCCUGGCGAGCGCAGCGAACUACUCCCGCAACCCAGCAGAUACAUCAAUCGUUGUGACGUGGUGAAAAUUUUCAACCGGACAUUUCGCUUCGGUUCCAGUGGACUUUUCAGCAACCUUCAGGACCCCAUUCGGUGCGAAUUGUGUGCCCCGCGGUUCCUCACGUGCUAGGCGGACGCUGGACGGUGAAAUUUGCCACGGAAAUCGGUAAAAAUGAGCUCUUUCAAGAGAGACAAAAAAGAAGAGGAGGAAGGCGGUAGCAACCCCUUCACAAAUCUGGAGAAGACAUCCGUGCUGCAGGAGACACGGAUAUUUAAUGAGACCCCGGUCAAUGCUCGGAAAUGUACCCACAUCUUGACGAAGAUUCUUUACUUGAUCAAUCAGGGAGAACAACUGGGAUCCCGCGAGGCUACAGAAUGUUUUUUCGCCAUGACCAAGUUGUUCCAAUCGAAGGACGUCAUCAUGCGCCGGAUGGUUUAUUUGGGCAUCAAGGAGCUGAGUCCGAUUGCAGAGGAUGUGAUUAUCGUGACCAGUUCAUUGACUAAGGACAUGACGGGCAAAGAGGAUUUGUACCGAGCGCCGGCCAUUCGGGCGCUGUGCAGCAUUACCGAUAAUACGAUGCUACAAGCAGUGGAACGGUACAUGAAACAGUGCAUCGUGGAUCGGAACGCUCCGGUUUCGAGCGGAGCAUUGGUUAGUGCACUGCAUUUGGCCAGCACGGCCGGAGAUGUUGUAAAGCGGUGGGCGAACGAGGCACAGGAAGCCCUGAAUAGUGACAACAUUAUGGUGCAAUAUCAUGGAUUGGGAUUGCUGUACCACAUCCGCAAGGCGGACCGGUUGGCCGUAACCAAGUUGGUAAACAAGUUGACCAAGCAGAAUCUGAAGAGUCCGUACGCCGUGUGUUUCCUGAUCCGCAUUGCUUGCAAAAUCAUCGAAGAAGAGGAUGCUGCGGGUAACUCCGGUGCCGAAUCUCCACUGUUCGACUUCGUGGAGUCUUGCUUGAGAAACAAGAGUGAAAUGGUCGUCUACGAAGCAGCCCACGCUUUUGUCAAUUUGAAGAGAACCAAUCCACGAGAGCUUUCCACUGCUGUUAGCAUCCUGCAGUUGUUCUGUGGAUCUUCGAAGGCCACUCUGAGAUUCGCUGCCGUAAGAACUAUGAACAAGGUGGCUAUGCUGCACCCACCGGCCGUUAACGUCUGCAAUCUCGAUCUGGAAGGUCUUAUUGCGGAUUCCAAUCGCUCAGUGGCCACCUUGGCUAUCACAACCCUGCUCAAAACCGGAGCGGAAAGUUCCGUUGAGCGUCUCAUGAAGCAAAUUGCCACCUUUGUAGCGGAAAUCUCCGAUGAGUUCAAAGUCGUCGUCGUUCAAGCUAUUCGGGCGCUUUGCUCAAAGUUCCCCCGGAAACACGGCGUCAUGAUGAACUUCCUCAGCGGAAUGCUCCGCGAAGAGGGAGGUCUCGAGUACAAAACCUCCAUCGUUGAUACGAUCAUCCUCAUCAUCGAGGAAAACCCGGAAGCUAAAGAGUCCGGCCUAUCGCAUCUCUGCGAAUUUAUCGAAGAUUGUGAGCACACUUCCCUGGCGGUCCGCAUUCUGCACCUUCUCGGAAAGGAAGGACCCUACUCAAAGCUGCCCUCGCGCUACAUUCGGUUCAUCUACAACCGAGUCAUCCUCGAAAAUGCAACUGUUAGGGCCGCGGCCGUAGCCGCCAUAGCCCAAUUUGGUGCCUCCUGUCCGGACCUGCUUCCCAAUGUGCUGGUACUUCUGAACCGUUGCCAGAUGGAUUCGGACGACGAGGUUCGCGAUCGGGCCACCUACUAUUACACCAUUCUGACCAAGAACAACCCCGAGCUGAACAAAUCAUACAUUACGGAGAACGGAAUGGUGUCGUUGCCGCUGUUGGAAAAAUCGCUAAAGGAACACCUCAAUGGUCCGCUGACCGAGAAGUUCGAUCUAUCUGUGGUGCCCAAGUCGCAAACCGUGCAACCGGAGGUCACCGAUGAGGUGAUGAUUAUGAACAAUGCUAUUCCGAAGAUUCCUCGCAUCACUCGUGAAGAGGCCAACACCGAAAAACUGCUGCAAAUUCCUGGCAUCCACCGACUCGGUGCCCUUCACAAAUCGUCUCUGCCGGUGCAGCUCACGGAAAGCGAGACAGAAUAUACGGUAUCCUGCAUCAAACACUGCUUCGGCCAUCAUGUCGUAUUCCAGUUCGAUUGCGUUAACACCCUGUCGGACCAACUGUUGGAAAACGUCCGUGUCGAUCUGGUCCUGCCGGAUGGUUUCGUAACGAGGGCCGUCAUUCCCUGCACGAAGCUCCCCUACGGCGAGAAAGAAGCCACCUACGUCAUCGUGGAAUUCCCACCGGAUUUGCCCAACUCAAUCGCUGCAUUUGGUGCUACCCUGAGGUUUAUCGUGAAGGAUUGCGAUCCAUCGACGGGACUGCCCGACUCCGACGAGGGAUACGACGAUGAGUACAUGCUGGAGGAUAUCGAAAUAACGGUGGCCGAUCAGAUACAGAAGGUCAAGAAGCAGAAUUUCAACGCCGCUUGGGACAGUGCAGAUACCGAAGAAUGGGUUGAAGCAGAGGAUACCUUCGUCCUAUCCACCGUCAACAGUUUACAGGAGGCGGUGAAUACGAUUCUGAAAUUCCUUGGUCUUGCCCCUGCCAACCUGUCGGAGAAGGUCGCCGACGGUGCCCACACACAUCAACUGCUGUGUUCAGGCACAUUCCGCGGUGGAGUGGAUGUGAUGGUUCGCGCGAAGCUAGCCGUGUCGGAUGGCGUGACGAUGCAUCUGACCGUACGAUCAACGGACUCGGACGUAGCGGAGUUGUUAACGUCUGCCGUAGGUUAAUAAAGCAGUUUCAUGAGUCUGUGCGUGCGCACCGGGACGGAAUCACAAAACACUUCCGCAUCUGCUAAGCACACAUACACACAAAGAGACCGAUAAAACAUGCAUGCUCUUAAUUAUCGCCCUUCCUCACAGACACACAUACACCCACGAACACACUAAACUGUAGUGCAACAGAUGAUAGGAGUUUGUUCUUUUAUGUUAUAAACAUUGCAAAGUAUCUAAUCUAUACACGUACAUACUGCUGAUGAUAGUAGUGGUUUAUAUUAGUGUUAAGUUUUCUUUUCGUCGGCAUUCGUUAGUGACUAUGUUAGAGAAAUAAACGAUGGGUUGGAGGAAAAGUAACAAAAAGAUACACUAGAUUCAGAAGAUCGAGACAACAUUCACCAGAUUUACAAAGGGCACUCUUGUAUGCCAUUGGAAUCAACCACAUUAAGAAGUAUAUAUUGAGUAUAAAUGACGAGUAAAAUAUGAUGGAACGAAUAUGUGAAUAACUGUAUUAGUAACUAUGCUGAAUGAUGAAAGUUAAAAUAAAUCAUUUUCUUUUAAUCAGAAAAUAUAGAAAGGA